AGAGUACUCAAAGUCUUUCCAGGCUGUGGGGAAGGUUCACAGGACACGGCAUGCACUAAACCCGAUUUCACCCCUCCCUCCAUUGCCCCUUCCUUCACUGAGCUCUUGCAAAGGUCCCUCUGGAGUUGGAGGGAGGAGAAGUCUUGUUCUCAUUAAGGUUGAACUUGAUUUUCCUUCUGUCUCCAAUAUCCUUAGGACUGCCAAUCUAAAGCUCCUUUUCUCCCUUCCAAGUAUUAACCAGGCCCGACCCUGCUUAGUUUCCGAGAUCAGACGAAAUCGGGCGUGUUCAGGGUGGUGUGGCCGUAGACUAAAGCUCCUUUUCUUUAAGCAGUCAGAUGCACCUGAUCUCUCCACAGAAAACAGAUCUCUUUUCAAGACUCUUACUGCAUUCGAAUUGAAGAGUAAAACAGAGACUAGUGCAAAGAAUGCCACUUCACAGGAAGAGUUGUAUCAUGGCAUUAUGAUGGAAAGAGUCAUGAAGGAUGAUAUCAUUUAUUCCACAUUGAGAAAAGUCUCCAAAUAUGAUGAUGUGUUAGAAAGGCACCAGGAAACCUGUGUUAGAGAUGUGAGACAAACCAUCUUGACCUACAAGGAGAGAGGACAAGAAACUAACAAAUUUGGGGAAAAUAUCAUUGUGAGUUCAAAUCUUAUUAUAGAACAGAGGCACCAUAAAUGUGAUACACCUAGAAAGAACAAAUACAAAUUAGAUUUGAUUAAUCAUCCAACAAAUUACAUAAGAACAAAAACCUAUGAAUGUAAUAUAUGUGAAAAAAUCUUCAAACAACCCAUUCAUCUUACUGAACACAUGAGAAUUCAUACUGGUGAGAAACCUUUCAGAUGUAAAGAAUGUGGAAGGGCCUUUAGUCAAAGUGCAUCCCUUAGUACACACCAGAGAAUCCAUACUGGUGAGAAACCCUUUGAAUGUGAGGAAUGUGGCAAAACCUUCAGACAUCGCUCAUCGCUUAAUCAGCAUCAUAGAACUCACACUGGAGAGAAACCCUAUGUAUGUGAUAAGUGUCAGAAAGCUUUCAGCCAGAAUAUUAGCUUGAUUCAGCACUUGAGGACUCAUUCUGGAGAGAAACCCUUUACUUGCAAUGAAUGUGGGAAAACCUUUCGACAGAUUAGACAUCUUAGUGAACAUAUAAGAAUUCAUACUGGGGAGAAGCCCUAUGCAUGCACUGCAUGUUGUAAAACCUUUAGUCAUAGAGCGUAUCUAACACAUCACCAGAGAAUCCAUACUGGGGAAAGACCCUACAAAUGUAAGGAAUGUGGAAAAGCCUUUAGACAGAGGAUACACCUUAGCAACCAUAAAACUGUUCAUACAGGAGUGAAAGCAUAUGAAUGCAACCGCUGUGGAAAAGCCUAUAGGCAUGAUUCAUCCUUUAAAAAACAUCAAAGACAUCACACUGGAGAAAAACCUUAUGAAUGUAAUGAAUGUGGAAAAGCCUUCAGCUAUAAUUCAUCACUUAGUCGACACCAUGAAAUACACAGGAGGAAUGCCUUCCGAAAUAAUGUGUAGAAAAAGAUAUUUGACAUGAGAACAAAAGCCAAGUCCAAAUCAGUCUUUCUAUGCUUUAAAAUUUCAGGACGUAAAUGAAUUUGAGGAAUUGAUGUAAUGAUGCCAACUUUUAAGUUUGCCUGUUGUGUAAAUAAACAUUACCUUGGUAACUACUGUCUACUAACAUCUCCAUACAAAGUACUUAAGAAUAAAAUCUGGGCUGGGCGUGGUGGCUCAUGCCUGUAAUCCUAGCACCCUGGGAGGUCAAGGUGGGAGGAUCAC